GUGUCAGUUGGCAGACCUGCAUACUGCCUGCCAGUCUGCCUUCUGUCAGCCCGAGCCGGUCCGUCGGGUCAAUAGCACUCAGAACUACAAACUUACAGCUGCAUAUCAUUAAGAACGACUGCAGGAAUACACGAUACAUGACCAGAGCAGAUGGACUCAACAUGGGCAUGGAAGGAGCAUCCCAACAUGACAUCGAGCACUGAUGAUCUCUGGGACCAAGACGGAAGCUCCUUCCACCAUGAGAUGACAACAGGCGGGAUGCCAUUUUAUCCGGUUUUAACCAGUCGUCCACGGCUGUUGUUCAACGAAAAAGAAAGUCCGUUAACACAGGUUGGGAAUUUUAUCUCGUGAUAGCAAAUGAUGGCAAGAACGAAACCACCAAGCCAACGGAUCUUCAACCGCCGGUGAGAAUGGAAUCAACAUGAUCGUUGGUCAUCGCGCCGCCGCAAUUGCUUUCUUUGGUAUCAUUACUGUCAUCCUUAUCAUACAAUCCCUCAGAUUGCAUGGUGUCCCAACAAUUCGACAUGUUGGCAGUCAACUCUCCAGCGAAACCUCAGCGGAUGUCCUGAACACCACUCUGGGAUUCCAAAAGAUCUUCGUCAUCAACCUCCCCGAGCGGACCGACCGUCACGAUGCCAUGACCCUAGCCGCUGCACUCACGAACCUCCAAAUCACAUGGGCCAAGGGCGUCCCCGGAAGCGAAGUCCCAGACAAGGUCGUACUAGGUGAAGACUGGGAGAAGUCCAUCCUGCGCGGCAACAAGGGCUCAUGGCGAGCGCACAUGAACGUUCUCAACACCAUCAUCGACCAAAACCUCACCAGCGCCCUGAUCCUCGAAGACGACGCAGACUGGGACAUCCGUCUCAAGUCCCAACUGCACAUCUUCGCCAGAGCAGCUCAGCCCUUUACCCAGCACAACCCCCGAACCACCACCCCAUCAGAUGACAAAGUGACCAACCUCCCCAUCACCUCCAUCCCCUCCCCUCCCAACCAAUCUUCCUCAUCACCCUACGGCCAAAACUGGGACGUCCUCUGGCUAGGCCACUGCGGCACCAACUUUCCCACAUCCACCACCCUCACGACCCCUCCCACUAACACCUCCCUCCUCCGAGUAACCAUCCCCAACGACCCCACCGUCCCUAGCCCACAACACCUCAAAGCGCACCCCUUCGCUCUCCAAGACCAGCUCGCGGAGCUCUACCCCCCUCACACGCGCGUCGUCCAUCCCUCUAGCGGGACCAUCUGCACACAAGCCUACGCCGUCAGUCAGCAAGGAGCGAGGAAGUUGUUGUGGCGGUUUGGGGUCAAGGAGGCGCUGACGAAGGGGUGGGAUUUGGCUUUGGGGGAGUGGUGUGAUGGGGCUUUUUUUGGUGUUGAUGGGAGUAAUGGGAAUGGGAAACAAGGGAAGGGGAAAGGAGGAGGAGCGCCGGUGUGUGUUACGGUGCAACCGCCGUUGUUCAGUCAUCACUUUGGCAAGGGGGCGGCGUCGGAUAUCACGGCGCCGGGGGGAGGGUUUGUGAAUAAGGACAAGGAGAUGACGCCGUAUGUGAGGUGGAGCGUGAGGUUGAAUAUGGGACGGUUGGUGGAGGGCGGGGAGGUAAGGGAUCAGUGGCCUGAUGAGUGAGGGUCAAGUGGUGAUGGGUGAUGUGGGUAACAGAGACAGUGGCAGUGACGGUAAGAGAGGAGGAGAACACUUCACAUCACAAAGGAACAUCGG